AAAUAUUAACAUGCAUAGAUAUAUUUCAUCAUUUACAUAAAAUCAUUUAAUCAUAGAUUAAAUAAAAGUUUUUAUAAAAGACUUUAGAGAUGUUCCUAAGUUAGCAACCUCAAAAUUCAACUUAGAACAUAUAAAUUCACUGAAAGACAUUCAACAACUAUCAGAUGAAUGGCAGUUUAAUCCUGCAUUGACAGUCAUUAAAAGAGAAUUUGAGUUCCCUACUUUCAAGGAGAGCUUUGCUUUUAUGAGUUCUGUGUCUGAUAUCUCUGAGAAAAUGGAACAUUACCCAAAAUGGUAUAAUAAAGGGAACAAAGUCAUAGUUGAAAUAACUACUCCUGAGGUUGGCCUGACAAUCAAAGACAUUUUGUUGGCCUACACUAUGGAUAACAUUUCCGAUGAUAUCCGAAACGAAGACAUCCAAUUUAUCAGUUAAUAAAGUAAAUUGACUACUCAAUCUACAACUUUACUGAAUUCUUGGAACAAAAAUUACUCUAAAUUUGAGGAAGAAGUUGCCUCUUAAUUAUAGAGAAAUGUCAACCAAUUUUGACGAAGAUCAAUCUGAUUUUGUCAAUUAUAUGUUAUUCAAUUUAUAUACAAAUUUGUUAUCAA